AAUGGACGAUGGUUUGGGAAAUAUGUAUAUAUAUAUUUUUUUUUAGUUCAGGAAGUUAGAGUACAAAUCUUUCGCCGCCUAUCUUCAAUGGAUUGCAUAUCUUGCUUGACAUUACAUAUAGUAUGCCAUUCAUGUGCAUUACUGCGUGAUGAAUUAUAGAUUGAGAGAUUUGAAUUACAUAAUUGCGUGAGGGAUUUUAUGAUCGUUCAUGAUUAUUUUUAAGGCGGAGUGCAACAUGUCCCUAGCUUGUUUUGGGAAAUAAUUUACAGCUGACGGAUUACCAACAUACCACGGUUAACCUGCAACAUACAGAGCACGGAUCGGCUGAUACGGAGAAACUUCGACGUUAAAAUGUCUAGUCAUUGUUAAAAUUCUGUUUUAACUUUGUGUAACAGUGUGGUUGAAUAUAAAUUUGCCUGCAGUCAAGAUAGUCAAGAUGGAAGAUUACACGUCGGAUAGUAGUGAUAGUGAUACCCUGCAACGAACACUUGAUUAUUCAUAUUUAAUGUUGGACACAAAUACUCUUUAUCACAACAUUGAGCAUUUUGUAAACAAGGAUAAGAAGCAUACAGAAAAUGUAGACACAUUAUUAUUAUAUCACAACAUGAUUAAGAUGCUGCCAUUAAAUUUUAAUAAAUUUAAGAACUUGAAGGUGUUAGACAUCAGUUCCAAUGGACUAUUACGGUUACCAGAGAUACUAACAGAAUGCCCUCUCACAUCUCUUAUUGCUAAGAAUAAUAAUUUAGACAGUGAUUCUUUUCCAAAAUCCUUUGGUGCCCUUGUGAAUCUAAAAGAACUCAAUGUUAGUGGAAACAAUCUCACUUCCCUUCCUGAGCAAAUACUUGAAGCUACAAGCUUGAAGUAUCUUUAUUUGGGUGGCAAUCAUAUAAGGGAACUCUCCAAAGACAUAUGGAAAUUAAAUGGGCUUCAAAUUUUGUACAUUGGUGGAAACAAACUUGUAGAUGUACCAGAGUCUGUUGGCAAGCUAAAGCAAUUGCAAGCCCUCAAUCUAAGUGACAACAUGCUGGAAAGUCUACCAGCUGCCAUUGCAAAUCUGAAGAACCUAAAGUCACUUUCACUUCACAAAAACAGGCUUCGGACUCUUCCAACAGAAAUCAUCACCUUGAAAUGUUUAACAGAGUUAAGUUUACGAGACAAUCCACUGGUGGUGCGCUUUGUAAGCAACAUGACGCUCAAUCCUCCAAGUCUUCUAGAACAUGCUGGGAGAACAGUCAAGGUCCAUGGGAUACCGUAUGGAGCUCCAGAUCUGCCGAUGUGUCUUGUUGAAUACUUAAACAGUGCUCAUCAUUGUGUCAACCCUAAGUGCAAAGGUGUAUUCUUUGACAACAGAGUGGAGCACAUAAAAUUUGUGGACUUCUGUGGAAAAUAUCGUAUUCCCCUGCUGCAGUACCUCUGUUCAUCAAAAUGUAUUGAAGACAAUUCCAACAACCAUGUUGAUGAAUCAGGAGCAUGUGGCUAUGCCAACAGCAAUAUGAUGAAGAAAGUUCUGCUUGGUUAGGCACUUCCUCUUCUGCCUGUCUUGUACUGACAGUGGCUUAGCUCAAUUCACUGUGUUCAUAUUUCAGGAACGUUCCUACAUUAAUAUUACAUGUUUCUAAUGGUAGUUACUACUAAAUACUGGAAGAUAGAGCACAAUAAGUUGUGCAUAAUUUCUUGCAAACUGUGUUUUCUAUUUCCUGAAUAAGAACAUAAAAAAGACUGAUGAAAUUUCUUAAUUAUGUUUUAUAUGGAGGAGAAUAUUUGAAUUUAGAAGUUGAGAAUUUAUACUUCAUGGCAAAAUCAGCACAUCACAUAUCACUACACAAAUGUACAUUCAAUUUAGUACCUCAGUGUGUGUGGAAGGUUCCAACAACAGCUAUCAUAUAAUAAUGGUUGUUCACUAUAUAAUCUUGAGAGACUUAUUGUGGUACAAAUUAAUGAUCUAACUCAUAGGAAAUGAAAAUUAUAGGCAACUUUGCAGGUAACUUUAUACUCGUAAUACACAAUUAAAGAAUCUGAGUGUAUGUUUUAAGAAGGGAAUAAAAUGAUUUCUUUGGACUUUCAAGUAGAAAUCUGCAUUACUUAUUGAAUUCCUUUUCAUGUCUUUUUAUUUUUCAGAAAAGCAACUUUUAUUUAUUUCAUACAGCAGUUGGUAUGUGGCAAGGCAAUGGCCACGCAUAGUCUUUUAAAUAAUCUGUUACUCUAGAUAGCGAAUUUUGCUUUCAACUUAGAGAAGAGAAAAGUUUAACAUUUAUUUCCCCUAGAACGGUAACUACCACACAAUAACUGGAGAAUGAUCUAGAAAUCUAGAACCUAUUUCAAUAGCUCUGUCACCGAUUCCAAAAUAUAGACACCAUGAAUAAAUGUGAGUGUGUCAUCUCAAUGGGUAUGAUACUUAUCUUAUAAAAAUGUUUUUUUUUUCUUUUACAGCACAUGAAUAUAGAAACAUUUCUUUACAUGUGUGCUCAUUUAAAAGUAUCCAUGUGCCUUAGUUUUGGAUGGAUUACAAUUCUUUACUUUUCUCUUUUUUAAGUGUCAGCAUUUUGUUUUCAUGAAUUUCUGUUAGCAAUAGGCAACUUCCUGACACACACAAAUAUCUCAACUGACACAAGUCUCUGUUUUAUCUAACAACUAAUCUGUUUUGAAUAUGUUUAAAUAUACCAAGGAAAAUAAUGAUAAUAAAGACAGUAAAGCAGCAGAUUAUUUACAGCAAUGAAAAAUCUCGGGAGAUAAAUACAAGAUGGCAUCUCGCUACCUCUAUAAUGAAGGAAGUGCAGAGAAAUACUCCCGUGUUGUGAAAAGUCAAGCACGGAAGAUCUUUCUCGAGAUAUCUCACUUCUUACGGAAUCGUUAUAUUCAUCCAUACUCUUUAAGUAUUAUCUUUAUUUCUUAUGUGUAAACCAACCAUCGCUACUUUUUUAUUAUGUGAAAUUUACACAUAACCUCCACAAAUAUAUAUUCAGCUAUUAAAAAAAUGGUGCCCCCAAAUAUAUUGUUUAAACUUUGUACAGAAAUGCACAUGUCCACAAGUAUUAUUUAUUAUUUACUAUAAUAUGUUUGUUUAGUUUAACAAUGACAUAGAUCAUUUAGGACACACAAUGCCAUCAUUUAAAAACUAUUAAUACACACUUAACAAGUUCUUUAUUAUUAUUUUGACGACAGCUUGCAUAUCAGAAACAAAUCCUCCUAAGUCAGUCAGGUUUCAUAAGCUGCUGAACUGAAAUAACAGCAUCUUUGCAAUUCCCGUGCCCUUUUCCUCAAAUGCUCUGUUCUAAGUUCUAAUCAUCCAUACACAUAUUACACAUAAUUACAAAUACAGGCAUCGUUUGCUUUCAAUUAUCUUUACAGUUAUGAAUUUUUUUUUUGAGAAAAAAGUUAGUACAGCAAAAGCUAAUUUGAAAGGCCUGAUAUGUGAAAAUCUACUGCAUAUAAUUCAAGUUCUCAUACUGACUGGAUUACUGAUGCUCUAUGUAUAUAUUUAUGUGUAUAUAUAUUUAUUUAUAUUCAUUCCUGAGGUGCUAAGUAUGCACUCUAUAACAGCCUAUAACUAAUCUUUCUUUUUUGCAUAGAAGAAAAUUUUCUCAUAAAAAAGGGGGAGAAGCUAGAACUCUCAUGCACAAUGAAAUCUAAAAGAUUCCUAUUAUAACGCAGCAAUAGCCAUGCCAAAUUACACAUACAAUAUGAAGUCUCUGAUAUUUUUAUAAGUUAUUAUGAAGGUGCUCACAUUACAAAUGUGCACUUAUUUUCCUGGAAAGCUUACAUGCUAUGAUUUUUCACACUUUUUUAAGUCAUACAACUGAAUACUACUGGACAAACUGUCAUACAAAUGGCUCAUAAUUUGAAGAAAUAUGUAUCAAGAGCACUGGCAGCACAAAUUAUGCACACCGUAUGUUCAUAUUCAUGGUUGACUAGGGCUUAAAAAAAAUACUGCAUAUCUAGUAAUGCAUUCUGCAUUUAUAACAGCGUUCCUAACAAGAUAAAUGUCAGCACACAUUCACUGCUUCACUCAGAUCUCAAUUUGGACAUGGACAUUCCAUUAUACUAAUACAUUACAUGGUACACAAAAUCACUUUGCAGGAAAAAGAAUCUCUGAGUUUUCUUAUAAUACACUACAGUUUCUGAUUCAGACUAAAUUGACACUUCUUUUAUGCUGGGGAAAAAAUGGUUUUAAAUGUUUAGUAUUAGGUCCUGAGGCAGAAUGCAACAAUUACACUUGUUAAUAUGCUCUCCUCAUUUAAAUAUUUAAACAAAACAAAAACUAGUUGCUGAAAGUUUCUUAUUUCAGUGUUAACAAACAGUAUACAUAUUAACAGAUUCAAGUAGUAAGAAAUACAAUAACAUUCUCUUUAGGUGAACCUCAAGUAGAAGGCAUGGAAAUCCUUUGAAGUAUACAACAGAUUUGCAUUCCAUAUGUGAUUAAAUACACAUUAGGAAGGAGUUUACUGGUUGGAACUAGAAAUAAUCUUGACUACAGCCCUUUUGUGUGUUCCCUCUUCAAGACAAAGUACUGUAAAACAGCUUCACAGAUGAUCUCGCUUUCCCACAGUACACAUCAGGACCUGUUCUCAUAGCAGAAGAACAGUUAACAGAAAGUGUCAGUAUGGAAGCUGUUGGAACAGAGUAGCAUUGCUACUGUGGGCUUCCCCACAUACAGCACAGAAGAAUGGCCUAACCAGCUUUUCUUUUCUUUUUUUUUUUUGCCAGUGAAUACUACACACAAAAUGCUUUUAAACAUAAAUACAUACA